CCGAAGCUAAACGCAGUGAAAGCAUAUUCAGCACGCAGGUGGAAAAGCAGACAGACUAGAUGCACUGAUGCUGGAACUUACUGUGACAGUGUGAGCCAAGGAACCGAUAUAACCAGCGCUCCACCCUCUUACAACAGGAUAAAUAAAGUUCCUCUUUUGCACACGUGUGAAGAUGGCAGUCUGGACUCUUGGAACCGCUGUGCUUCUGCUGGCAGUGAACCUGAGUGCAGCGUGGACGAACGGCAAUGUGAGGCUGGUUGGGGGACAGACCCCGUACGAGGGACGCGUGGAGGUUUACUACAGUGGAGAGUGGGGGACAGUCUGCGAUGACAACUGGGAUCUUGCAGACGCACAUGUGGUGUGCCGCUCACUGGGGCUUCAGAAUGCAAGCGAGGCCGUCGUGGGAGGGAAGUUUGGUGCAGGCUCAGGCCGCAUCAUGCUGGAUGACGUCUCCUGUCAGGGGACGGAAUCUUCAUUGGCCCAGUGCAGAUCCAAAGGCUGGCACGUCAACGACUGCAAACACGAGGAGGACGCUGGGGUCAAGUGCCAACCAAGGAUGAUGCUGGAUAACACAAUGACGUACACACUGGACAGGAGCGCGGAGUUCUCUGAGGUGCUGGGGGAUUUGUAUGAAAGCCAGCGGGACUGUGACUUCAACAUCACCGUGGUGUCCGCUGGGGAGCCGGAGAGCGCGGAACACGUCUGCACACACAGACUCAUCCUGUCCCUCAACGCUGAGACCGCCUUCCUCAACCUCACCCUCCUCAACAGCUUCACCUUGGAGGUGGUGAAGGAGUGCCGACCCUUUGUCACCGACUUCCUCAAGUACCUGUACACCAAACAAAUAGACAUCACCUUAUCUUCGGCUCAGUGCAUCCACAAACUUGCAUCCGAUUACAACGUGAAGGCUCUGCAGGAGUACGCCGGCCAGCUUUUCUCCUUGCUACUCCCCCAGGACCCCUCCUUCGAGAGCCAGGUCUCCCUGUACAACUAUGCCCUCAGCACUGAGGACCCCCUGCUGAAGGAGACCUGUCUGCAGUACCUGGCGUGGAACUGUGAGGCCUUUGCCAACUCCUCAGCAUGGUCCACGCUGCGGGCAGAUGUGCUGGGGGCACUGAUCUCCCGCUCCGACCUGGUGAUCCCUGACGAGAUCUUCCUCCUGCAAGCCCUCGAGAGAUGGAUCCUGGUGAAGUGGAAGAACGCUAACAGCAGUAACGGCAGUACCAACCUCCAGGUGGAGAGGGAGCUGUUGGGAGGGAUCCGCUUCCCCAUGAUAAGUCCUGAGCAGCUUUAUGACAUCCAGUUCAACUCCUCCGUCUACCUGAGCCAGCCUGCACUCUACCAGGCCAAAAUCCUUCAGGGGCUCCAGUUCCACACUGUAUCCUAUCAGAAGCUCAAGCUUCACAUUGAUGAGUUCACAGAAGAUUACAGCCCGAGGAUUUAUACCUCACCCACAUGGAGCUACACCUAUACAGUCACCACAAACAAUUACCAAUACCAGUACAAUAACAGGUACUACGGAAACGGUCAGAGUGGUUCAUUUCAAACCCCAAAGCACCCAAGUAUACUCUUCCAAUCCCAGAUGCUAUACUGGUCUGUCGCUGUCUACAUGUCCAGGGAGAGCUGCUGGAACAGAGGCUACAGCUGUGAUUACAGCUCCUACCCUGUCGCCGUGCUCAGUGGCCAGUCUUCUGAUGCGUCCAUCCACUACAACAACAAGGUCCUCCUGAUCUGCAAUGACGCCUACGUCUCUCAAGUCCAAGAAUUCAAAAACAAUGUGGCGCUGCUGUCUUCCAACGACACUUUCCUGCAGUCCUUCCCCUGCCUGUCCAAAUACUCCACUUUCAAGUUCAUAGUACGUCCCCAGUACAACUUCUACAACUGAGGGUCACCCUCCUCCACGGAGACUCAUGCUUGCAGAGCCAGUAGUAGUUACAGUAGACACUCCUUUAACUGGGGUUUAGUUUCGCUGGGUAAGGUUUGUUAAGAGUGUAUGAUUAAGAAUGUUAUCAUGCCGAUUUUAUGCCAAAAUUAGCCCCAUUGAAACUAUAAGGAAAUGAGACAGUUCAUCUUGCAUUCCUAUUGUUCAUAUAUUGUAAUCCUAUAUUAUAGUGUCCUAUUAUCUUGAUUCUCUCAGAUUAGGACUCUGGUUUUAAGGGGUUAAAGUUGUGUAAAAAAUCGUAAUUGUUUUUGUACAAGGAUUGCUGUGUGCUAUGGAUGUGCAUUUGGAACUAGAAUGUUUAUCUAUGUUGAUUGAAAUGAUUUCCAAGCAUGUUUCUGCAAGUGGCUCGUGUGCACUGUAAUCAGAGCUGUGUGGCACCUUCAUCCUGACCAACAUAAUAAACUGCUGAUUUAGUUAUAAA